UGCCCAAGGAUAUUUAUAGUAUAUCGUGAUUAGGUUAUAAACAACAUGGCGGUCAUAACAAGAGUUCCACCGAAAAAUCUAUGGGAUGAAAUUGUCAAAGAGUUCGCUUCUCACAAACCACCUUUCAGGGAAGAUGACGACAUGUCAGUACGGACAGAUUACAUUGACUAUAACCCAGCCAAGCAUAAUCCAGUGUUUUACGGCAAGAUGCAUGAGCGUGUUACAACAGAUAAUGAUCCUAUGAAAGAUUUUAACCCAGCUACAACUCAUCCCUCGUGUGUCGGGUUCGCCUUUACGGAGAAACCUCCGGAAUCUCCGCCUCCUCCUCCAACACCUCCACCGCCAAAGGAAAAAUGUAAUCCCAGAGAGUAUUUAGAACAUUAUGUAUUUCCGAUCCUGCUACCAGCUCUUGAAGAAAUGCUGAGACAAGCAAAGAAAGAAAAAUGUUUGGAGAGGAAGAGAACAAAGUUCAACGCUUUAGAUUUCCUCACAGAAUAUUUAUAUAAACGCAAUUCCUUGCACAGUGGAAGAGAAAAUGUACAGCUUGAAGAAAUCCCCUUUGUGAAGGAGUGGCUGAAAGACCAUCCUCGACCACCACUACCCCUGUCUUUGAUAUGGACAGAGGAUGAGGCCGUCCUCAUUAUACAGUCCUACUGGAGAGGAUAUCUAGUGCGUCGAGAGCCAGAAGUCCAGGAACUUCGCCAGUGGCAGCGCGAGUGGAAAGAAGAAAACAGUAACAUCUCCAGGCGUGUAAGCGACUUCUGGGAGAAAAAGAUGCCCGAUGGUGACAAGCCCACGCCAAAUGCUUCAGAAGAUGUGCUAACAGGGGAGGGAACUCCUAUAACUGUACAGUCACCAACAAAACAGGCAGAAACCAAGUGAUCAAGAUGUCUAAAACAGAGACAUUGUUAUAAUCUGUAACCAGCUAUGAAUGAGGACACAAUAUAUAAAUAACGAAGGAAAAAUUCUCCAUUUAAGUACAAAUCUUGUUUGCAGUUUGCUAUGUGACUGUUUUAACCCUUUCACCCCUAUGUAACUUGAGUAAAUUGUACCGUGCAUUAAUAUGGAUGAGUUCAUUAUGGUCUACAGUGGUGAGAGGGUUAAAGUUUGAUCAUAAUAAUACAGGUGAUCGUGUGAAUUAUCUCCCUUGGGUUUUACACCUGUAAUUUUCAUAUCUGUACCAGGUUAUAGCAAAGGUACAGUACUUCAUGCAUCACUGAAUCAUUGAUUGAUAGUGUACGCAAGAUCAAAUUGAAAUCUGAAAAAAUUAUUCCAGGAAAACAUCCUUGUUGAAUUCUAAUAUAAAAUUGCAUGCAUUUUCUAAGAGAUGUAAGUCACAUUUUGACCCAGGGAAAUUUUAAGGGUCAUCUUCUUAUUAUAUAAAGAGAUAUUCUUGGAAAAAAUCCUUGUUGAGUUUUGCAGAUGACAUUGCAUGUGUUUUCUGCUAGUUAAUUUAACUGUCCUAUUUAAUAUGUAAGGGAGCAGUUUGACCAAUAUUUUGGUCUAAGGAUAUUCAGGGGGUCAUCCACUACUGGCUAGUGCCAGGAAGAUUAAGAUCUGUGAUAUUAACAUGCAUUGUAUUACUAGUACAUACGUGAUGUACAUACAUUGAUAAUUUAAAUAUUUCGAAUAUUUAUAAUGUGAAAUAGUUAUUGUGAAUAUUAUUAUAAA